AGUUGUAUCGAGUAAAUGGCUGUUUAUAAUGUGUUUUGUGGGGAAAUUGUGGUUUGUGCCAACUGGUGAUGCAUCUGGGGAGGGGAUGACUGCUACAGUAACCUCAGACCAACUUCCAAUUACUUGGGCGUCGAGUCUUCCAUUACUGCAGUGAAGCAGGUGGUGGAGGGUGGCACCUGGUUGAGGGAACCACUACAUACAUCAGUCACCUACACACUCUCUCUGAUUCAGUAAUAGGUGCAAGAUGUCUGCAGUUCAGGUGAAGCAGGUGGUGGAGGGCGUGCACCUGGGUGAAGGACCACACUGGGUACAAGACCAACAGUGUCUCCUCUUCGUCGAUAUAACGAAGAGCAACGUACACAGAUAUUUCCUCCAGACAAAAAGACACCAAGUACUUCACAUCGAUAGUGGCAGCUCAGAAAGCACCGUAUCUCUCAUCAUUCCUAUAGAGGGAGAACCAGACUUAUUUUUGACAAGUCUUGAUCGGUCUCUUGCUGUAGUCAAGUGGUCUACCACUGACCCUGAUCAGCACACAGUGAAACCAAAAGCCAUUCUACAUACUGUUGAUGAUCACUAUCCAACUAAUCGCUUUAAUGACGGCAAGUGUGAUCCGCAAGGCAGACUCUGGGCAGGUACAAUGGGGAAAGAAACAGCACCUGGACAACUAGAUAUGUACCAGGGCUCAUUGUUCUGCAUUGAUGCUGAUCUUAACAUCACUAACCGGGUUAAUAAGAUCUCCAUUGCAAAUGGAUUAGCAUGGAGUCUCGAUAGGAAAACUUUCUAUUAUAUUGACUCUCUUGCCCACUCCAUUGAUGCCUUUGAUUACGAUGAUGCCACUAGCAAAAUUGAAAACCGUCGUACUGUGUUUGACUACAAAGCAUCUGGACUGGCAAAGGACCUUCCUGAUGGAAUGUGCAUUGAUGAAACAGGAAAUCUAUGGGUUGCCAAUUUUUUUGGUAAAAAGGUUAUGUGUGUGGACCCAAAAGUUGGUAAGAUAAUCCGUAAAGUGGAGUUGCCAACACAGAACAUAACUUCAGUUUGCUGGGGUGGAGCAGAUUACUCCACUCUCUUUGUAACAUCAGCCCAAACUGGAUUAUCAGCUGAAGCACUAGCAAGUGACCCUGCAGCAGGAGGCACAUUUGCUAUCACUGGCUUAGGAGUUCGUGGCCUUCCACCAACAAACUUUAAAGUUAAUCUCAACUUGUUGAAGGAGAAGAUAGCUUCUUAAGUUUCUAACGCUAAAAGCUAAAUACAGUACAUACAUGAAGAAUUUUAUAUUUCCUGAAAUAGUAAGACUAAGGCAAAAUUUCCUCUGAACGCUAUGGUUGCUAUUCUAUUUUACAGUAAGGAGAGGGCAUGGACCAGGUUUUAGGUAGUGGUUAUGGAUAGGAUGGGAAGGAACAAGAACCACCCUCUUCCUUCUCAACAUGCAUACUAUGCUGAAAAGGGCUUGCUCCUUAUAUAUUUAGUAUUAGUAUAAAUCAUUUGCUAGGAUUGGGUUUAUUAAUUAGUCUCUCAAUGCUGAAACACCAGAGGGCACUUUGUAGAGCCUGGCACUUUGGUUAUGAUGUUUUGUCCUAUAUUACUUUAGUAUAUGAAAUCAGUAUAUUUUUUCCAGUAACAAAGUGGUCCUCUCCCACUAAAGUAGGGUGACCCUCCCAAAAAUUGAACACACCAUCAUUCAUUCAACGACUGUCUAGCGAGAAAUUUGCAGAGAUCACAAUUCAAAUGACUAAGUGUGGUAUUUGCAUUAUACUGUAUAAAAUGAUUUGGAAUAUCUUUCAUGAUUUUCAACCCAGGUGUUUAGGUAAAGUUACUCAGCCAUCCUCAAAAAAAAAAAAAAAAAAUACUAUGUACAAUAAUACAUAGUAUUCAUAAAUUUGCUUAAUAUUAUAAUGGAAACUAAGUGCUGUGUAAAUUUGCUUAAAAAUAGCAAAACAUGUUUAUAUAUACAAGAUAUGUUUAUAUUUUUUGUGAAGGGAUUCAGGGAAACUGGUUAGUCGGAUUUGAGUUUUGGAGAUGGGAUGUACAAUGCCUGCACUCUAAAGAAGAACUAGGUAUAUUUGCCGUUUGGAAGGACAUCUGAGCUGUUGUAUCUGCAUGCCUCUGGCAAGAUAGUGAUAGUGUGGAUGAUGGUGAAAGUUUCCUUUUCUGGGCACCCUACCUCGGUGGGAGAUGGCCAGUGUGUUAGAUACCAGGAAAAGUGUCAUGAGCCACAAGUCCUUUCAGAGUAAAUGCUGCACGUGAUUGUAGUGUCUCGCAGUAUUCAUAAUUCUUAUGUUUUAUUUUGAUUAUGGGCUUUUAAUGUUAUUGACCAAUUAGUCAAUUUGAAACAUUUAUAUCUUUACUCCAAAUUUUCCUUUACUUUCUAAAUAUGCUUUAAGUUACAGCACAGUACUGUAAUUCCAGCACAGCUUGUAAUUAAUAGAGUAAUAAUUUUAAUUAAUUAGUAUAUACAUUUCUUUGUCUAAAUGAAUUUCAGAAAACUUAUUACUGUACUGUUAUGCCUACAGCUUCAUAGGAUUAUGUAUCCAUGAAUUUCAAUUAUCAAGCACUUUCCCUGAAAGGAAACCACUGAUUAGAUUAAAUUAUUCAAUGUGUAUUUGGCUCAGUGGUUUUCCUGCAUCAAUAUCUCUCUAUUGUCAUGAUUUCUUAUGAAUGCCAACAUUAACUGGAUUAGAGUGAUACAAUAAGGAGAUAAUCUCUGUAACAAAAUACAUGUAUACAAUAAACUUGAAACAAAAUACAUUAUGCACACUUAA